AUGGAGAAAAUUUCAAAAGGUCUUAUCAUUGACACAAAGUCAGAACCUAUAAAAGUCCCAACAGUGACUAGCAUCCGAAGCUCCAGCGAAAUUUCAACCGCGCCGGACGGCGCAAAACAUAUCUCGCGCGAAAGUAUGGAGAAAAGUCAAGAAAGUAUGGAGAACGAUACAUCAUCUUUCUACAUACUUUCGCAGUCACAAACAGACGCACCGACUGAAGACAAUGCUACACCAAAGAGCUCGGACGACUCACCGGACGGCAAUUUCGAAAGUGCGGAGAAUUCUCCUCUUAACAAUACGAUUGUAAAUACCGCGGAAACGGGCUUAACAAACAAAUUAGAUACUAACGCGAUCGCCAAGUGCGCCGAAAAGACGAUAGACGACCUUAUAAUCGAGUGUGCCGAAAAAGCGGAGAAAACAUUAAGUGAAAUGGUGCGAAAAAGUAUGGAGAAAGACAAAAAUCGAAACAAAACCUCUGAACAACCGGAUGACGCGUCACAAGUCUUCGAAUCCGAAAAUAAAACACCACCGAUACCGAAAUCGGUGACCACGAGAGUGCUCAAUUUCGGUACGGGACUACAGUCACCAUCGUCGAGCGAAGACGAGCAAAACAAAUUUACAUACCGCGGUGAACAGCCUAAAACGAGUGAAGUGCGUGCUUUCACAGGACAAAAGCCAACCGAAUCCACCGGCGCGAUCCCGAAAGUGAUAAAAUCGAUUUGGAACCGCAACCGAAGCGGAAGAGAACCCUAG